GAGUCUAAUAUGGAAUUGGCGAAUCGAGUUCAACCUAUUCCUAACCUAUGUAUAUGUAAGUCGGAAUCGUACCUUCUACGAUAUUGGCAGAUGAUAUUGUGUGGGUAAGAUCGAACUUCGCUCCUGCCACUGUUAUACCUAUCUCAGGUCAGGUUAACUUUCUUCAGGGGGUUGUUGACUUUCCUGUGGUCGUUCCUACGCUCUUACCCCUUUCCUUACGUGCUUCACUUCUAACCCUAUUUAAAGCUGGGAACUCCCUAUAGCUUUCUUCAAAUAUUCAUACCUCGAUAUCUCAUGCUUCAUAUUGGUCUUAUUAAUACUAAUAUCCCCUAUCUAUUCCCUAUUGUCAUCGAAACGAUCUUCAAAUCAUAUCAGCUGCAUCAUAUUAGAGACUCGCUCUCCUUUCCCAGGGGAAUAAGUUGCUCUUCUACAUAAGGCGAUACAGUUAUCAUUGUGUUUCGGUGGGGACUACCUAACAUUUCCGACCUUUCAUUCCAUCUUCAUACCGUCAUCCCCGAGGCGCCAGCUUCCCCAAGACCCAUCCCCCCAAACCAGUCGACUAAGAACUGAAAACGGAAUACAUCUCACACCAUGCCUCCUCGAGCGGCCAGAGCUGCCGGAGAGGGUGUUUCUGGCUCUCGUCGCACUAGGAUUAAGCAAUCUAAGGCUAUUACACAAGCGAAACGAGCCGCAAAAAGAGCAGAGACAGCCAGAAAGAAGGAGGCUGCCCGCCAGCAAGAAAAGCGUAGACUUCAACGGGAAGCAGCGAAAAUCGAGGCUCCAACCCACCCCGACGAUGAUCGUGCUAUCCUACUCUUCACCCAAACAGCACGCAAGCGGUCUGCCAAUAUGGCUUUUGAUGAUAGAGAUGGAAUCAAACGUCCUAUGCUCACUCCUUGGGAAAAGGAUAAGGAACUCGAACAACCGCCUUCACCCCUCGACCUCGGUAUUGGGAUUUCGUAUCUCUGUCUGAAUCCAAUGGCGGCUAUGGGUCAAUUCGGAAUGCUGCCUGCAGAGAUACGCGAGGAGAUCUUAAGAUAUCUCCUAAUCUGUCCUCAUGAUAUCCGUGUGUUUAGGGGUUGGUCACGGGUGUACCCUCGCUCUAAGCCUAAGCUAGAUCUCACCAUCCUUUCCACAUGCAAACUUCUUUACAAGCAAGGAAUUCGAAUUCUAUUCGGCGAGAAUACGUUCCUAUACGACAUCCGCGACCCAGCAACUCAUUUAGCUGCUACCAACCCAGUUAUGAACCGCGUUUUCGCGGACUAUAUGGUACCCAUCAAUAAGUAUGGACAUUUGAUUCGCCAUAUUACAGUCGAGGUCCCCGCAAACCGCCUUAACCUCGAUAAUGUCCCUAAGUUUACCAACGCCAUCCAGAAAUUCCUUCCAGGUGGUGGCCUUUUCGAGACAGCUAGCAUUCAUACGCUGACUCUCAAUCUGCCUGUAUUCCGAUUAGAAGACCUCGAGGGGUCUGGAUGGCUUGAACAUCCUGAUUCUGUACCAAUUCUCAAAUUCGUUGAUCAAAGUUCUAGAACUAGGAAGAUACUUCUUCGUCUCAACGUACAGUUUAUCCGCAUCCUAGCUAUGAAUAAAGAUGGCGAUAUAUUCGAGCAUACGAUUAACCUUCGAUACUACUACAAAUAUAGACAAGCACAGCUGGCGUACAAGCGAGGCGAAAUCGCUAGCAGCGAUGCUGAGGGUGCAAUGGAGCAUUUCCAACGGCAAGUUGAGAAAGCAAAGGCAAGAAUAUCCAAUAUUCCUGUCCGUCUCUACGAGCUAGCAACGCUUGGCCUACCCGGAGCGAACUACAUGGGAGAUUACUGGAAGUACGCCGGAAAACAAGAAAGGGAGCGACGUCUUGACGAAACAGAGGCCCAAUCGUUACCGUCCGACUAUAUGACUGAAGUCACGCCCACUCCGGCUCCACCAUCACUGUUCAGUGAAGCGCCGGAGGUACAGGACUUUGACAUGGAUCUUGGCGAAGGAACCUUUGAGGAUCUUAUCUUGGGGCAUGCGGAAGAAGAUGAUGAGGAGCAACUCUUUGUACAAGACUACGCAGAGGAAGGAGCAUAUGAGCAGGAAGGUUACCAAGAGGGUGAUUUCCAGAGAGAUUAUCAAAGAGAUUACCAAGAGAUGGGAGGCUACGAGGAAAGGGAUGAAGAGUUCCACCGAACUCUGGAGGCCGUGCUGGGAAUUGCUUGAGGGGCUAAAGGG